GAGAAAAAAGUGGGCUGUUCGUGGUUGUUUAAACCCUGGCUUGCUCGCAUCCCGUCUUUUCUGUCCUUCCUCCAGCUUUCACACGCUCCUCGCUGGCAGCCCCAUCCGUACUCAGCGCUGCAUUGUCCCACUCGCACUGCACCAAGCGAAGAGCGGCGGAUAUUUCAUAUACGCCGCAUCAAAAAACAACAAAUACAACAUUUUAAAGAGGAUAAAGCCCCAAUUGUGUCCGAAAAAUGCGAUUUGGGAUGAGCCCCCCUUUGGGUCUGUUUGCCAUCAGCCUCGUCGCCCUGGUGUGCCCCUCCAGCUCUGAACAGGGAGCAGAUGAUGUGCGGCUCCUCCGGGUGACCAUCCCCAAGACGCCCCCUCCAUACGCCUCCCUGGGCGGCACCCUCACCCUGCCCUGCCUGGUGUCCCUGCCCCAGCCCCCAGUCUCGGCCUCCACCUCGGGCCGCCAGGCUGUCCUCUCCCAGCCUCGCGUCAAGUGGAGCGUGCUGUCGUCAGACAGGGAGACGGACAUCCUGGUGGCCCGGGGGGACCGGGUGAAGGUCAGCGAGGCUUAUCGGGAGCGGGCAGCCCUCCUCCAUUACGCCUCCUCCCCCGCUGACCUCACCCUACAGCUGGAGGAGCUGCAGCACAAUGACACAGGCUUCUACCGCUGUGAGGUGCAGCAGGGCCUGGAGGACGCCAGUGACUUCGUGGAAGUCAAGGUCAAAGGUGUUGUGUUCCACUACCGCGACGCUUCCGGCCGCUAUGCCUUCAACUUCGGCGAGGCCCAGCAGGCCUGCGAGGGCAUCGGCGCCAGCAUCGCCACCCCGGAGCAGCUCCUGGCGGCCUACCACAGCGGCUACGAGCAGUGCGACGCUGGCUGGCUCUCCGACCAGACCGUGAGGUACCCCAUUCAGAUGCCACGACAAGGGUGUUACGGUGACAUGGACGGGUACCCCGGAGUGAGGAAUUAUGGGACACAGGACGCCAAGGAGCCAUUUGACGUGUACUGCUACGUGGAAAACAUAGAUGGUGAGGUGUUCCAUAGCUCUGUCCCACAGCGCCUCACACUGGAUCAGGCCCAAGCCUUCUGCGAGAACGCAGGCGCUGAGCUGGCCACCACUGGCCAGCUAUACGCAGCCUGGAACGACGGCCUGGACCACUGCAGCCCGGGCUGGCUGGCGGAUGGCAGCGUGCGCUACCCCAUCGUCACCCCUAGGGAGCGGUGUGGAGGCAACCAGCCCGGGGUCAAAACCAUCUACCGCCACAGUAACCAGACAGGCUUCCCUGAGCCACACAGUCUGCAUGACGUGUACUGCUUCAGAGGCAACAGGAGUCCUCACACCGAUUCUCCCAUGGAUUACUUCGCCACUGAGCCGGAAGACAUAGGCCAGUACAUAGUGACCUUAAUGGAGCCUCUUGAGGAGAUCAGCCUAGGUCAAGGGACAGAACAACAAGAGAGAGAGGCCCAGGGUGCACUGGAGUCGUUCUCAGUACAUGGCAGUAGGCAGGAACCCCCCACUACCAUGGCCUCCAGCGGUAAUCUGCCCUCCUUUGGUGAUUCUCAGUCCCAAGUCACCCCAUUAUCCAAUCCCCAGAGUUUACAACCCACCAGUGACAUCUGGGUUCCUGUACAGGAGACUAAGAUCCACAUACAGCACCAGCUCCCACAGGAAGUUCACUUGGCCUCUCAGGAGUCAGUCCUUGCCUCUGGAACACCAGGAGACAAUCCCAAGCAUUAUCAGCCCACGCCCGUCACGAACCCAGAAGCCGAUAACUUUUCUGAAGAAAAUCACAGGCUUGAUAAAAGCACACCGACCAUCGCCCUGGAGGUCCCAGUGCCCACCUCAAUGACUGAAUAUUCAGGAGACUCUACGCAUGAUCAAGGCACGCCUGAGACAAAUGCAGAACCCGAUCACGCUUUUGUGACCCCUGAUAACACAAUCAUUAAGCUAGAAGAAGACACAGAGGGGCCCACAGCAAAUUCCCCCGUUCCCACAACAAACGCUGGAGCAUCAGGGAGCGAAACCACCUUCCUUGCUAGCAUCCCAGAUGUACAUUCAGAAAGUAGAGCACCCACCUCUUUGUAUAGCCCCUCAGAGAGCUCUCCGCAGGAGACCACCACUGCAUCAGGCUACCUAUCAGCCUCAUUUGCAGUCACAAAUACACAAGAGUUGGAGGAGAUGGUAGCAGGAGGAACUGAGGGAACGUCUACCGCUCUUGUUUCCCAAGCAGGUCACCUGACUGAAGGCCAUGCUGCAGAUGAGAGGCCCGAGGAGGUCGGAUCUGGUGAUGUAAUCGGGCCAGACGGAAUUGCAGCUUCCCUGUUCACCUCCCCUACCCCUGUCAGUGUGUCCCAUCUCACCUCCCAAAGUGUACCAGGACCCAGUGAGCCUGGUGAACUCGAGGCCCAUAGCCCAGAGACCAUUGUCCCACCUGGGUAUGGGCACCAAGAUGACCUAAAGAAGCAUGCCAUGGAGCCCACAGUGGCAGUGCAAGAGUCUCCAGAGGGCAGUGUUGCGCAGGAGUCUCCAGAUGGCAGUGUUGUGCAGGAGUUUCCAGAGGGCAGUGUUGCGCAGGAGUCUCCAGAGGGCAGUGUUGCGCAGGAGUCUCCAGGGGGCAGUGUUGUGCAGGAGUUUCCAGAGGGCAGUGUUGCGCAGGAGUCUCCAGAGGGCAGUGUUGCGCAGGAGUCUCCAGGGGGCAGUGUUGCGCAGGAGUCUCCAGAGGGCAAUGUUGCGCAGGAGUCUCCAGGGGGCAGUGUUGUGCAGGAGUCUCCAGAGGGUAGUGUUGCGCAGGAGUCUCCAGGGGGCAGUGUUGAGCACGAGUUAGUUGGUGAAGAGCUGGAGUCUACGAGCCAACCUAAUCAGUUCGAUGGCAGCACCACACAUUCAGGGGAAUCCACAGAGGCACAUUCAGACUCUGGUGAAGGCCCUAUCAAUACUGAAUCUCUACAUCUGUUCACAAUGCCAACAUCGCUCACUGAUUCUGAAGAGGAAACCAACAAAACGACCAACAGCUUGGAUGCAGAAUCCCCUUCCUCUGACCACGAGGAGGAAGAGGGACAUCAGUUGCUUACUGAAGCUCCAUUCCAAGAUGUUGUGGUGACAUUGCUACCUAAAGAAGCACAAACACUCAGCUGGGACAUGCAGCCAUCCACUGCCACGCCACAGGAGUCACAUGCCGAUGUGGAAUACAGCGGUGAUCAUCUGGCCAGCAGGCUGGAUCUGCUCCCAGAGAAACCCAGCCUUUUGACUGAGAUUGAGCCGGUCACCAACAUGAGUAACCCCGCUUCCGCUACGGCCAGUUCUACGGAAUGGCACUUCGAGCCCCCAGGCCAAUCCACUACCCAUCUACCCCAAGGAUCCAUUAACCAAGAAGAGCAUCUAUUGGAGGACCUGGUCAAUAUGUCUGCCCCCCCGCUCAUAAUGGACACGCACAAGACUGAAAUUGAGUUUACAGCCACCCGAGUUCCCACCUUGGGGAGCCUGCCCAAUGAAAAGUCCAUGGUGGGGCGGGCCAAGAAUGUCUCAGACCCCUGCCUGGACAGCCCCUGUGCCAAUGGGGGCACCUGCAUAGAGGAGAAGGGGUCCGUCAAGUGCCUCUGUCUGCCCACCUACGGGGGAGAGCUUUGCCAGACGGAUAUGGAGCGCUGUCAGGCCGGCUGGGACAAGUUCCAGGGCUUCUGCUACAAGCACUUCUCGGGCAGGCAGAGCUGGGAGGCGGCGGAGCAGCAGUGUCGCCUUUUCGGCGCCCAUCUGGUCUCCAUCCUGACACCCGAGGAGCAGGACUUCAUUAACGAUAAUUACAAGGAGUACCAGUGGACUGGACUGAAUGACAAAACCAUUGAGGGGGACUUCCGCUGGUCUGACAGCAACCCACUGCUCUAUGAGAACUGGUACAAAGGUCAGCCCGACAGCUACUUCCUGUCUGGGGAGGACUGUGUGGUGAUGGUGUGGCAUGAUGGGGGGCGCUGGAGCGAUGUUCCCUGCAACUACCAUCUGUCCUACACCUGCAAGAGGGGUACCUCCUCCUGCGGUCAGCCACCAACCGUCCGCAAUGCCAGGGUGUUUACCAAGCUGCGCAGCCGCUAUGAGACCAACUCGGCCGUCCGCUACUACUGCGUGGAAGGCUUCCUGCAGAGGCACAAUCCCGUGGUCAGGUGUCUGCCCAGCGGCAAGUGGGAGGAGCCUCGAAUUGUUUGUAUCGCUGCAUUCCCAGGUUCGGAGGGGCUAGAACAAGCAUCCUCCGGUGAUGUCACAGGUCCGACCGCGGAUUCGGUGACGAAGAAGUCCGUCCCGGAAUACUUUGACAUCAAGUGGAAUUUUUGACCUUCUCAAUCACCCUCAGCCCGCCCCCACCCUCAAAACCCAGCCUAGAAACAUCCCUGCCUUCAUGUCCCACACAUGCUGGUUUGUAAACUAACUGACCUCAAGGAUCCCCCCCCUCACCUGUUUUCCUUAGUGCCUCCCUCCCAACAUGCGCUUUCCAGUCAUGGUGGGCUGAUGAGGCUCAUUCAGGGUUGCCAUGGCAUUCUAGCAUUAAUGUCCAUUAAAUACAAUUGUCCGACUGCCAGGCUGGUAAUGAUUCUUCGCGGGUUGCCACUCUGGACCUACGCUUACCGGCAUUGCACUCACUCAUGUGUGAUCUUUUCCCAAAUGUUUGUGUUUACAGCUUCAGUGACCUUGUGGGUUCAAGGCAAAACAGGGCGGGUGGAGAUUCAGUCCUGAUUCUCCCAGCAGCCUUUGCCGCAGACGUGAGCUGGGCCCCUUGAAAUACUGCCUAAACCCAGUUCAUAUGUCAAACUAGAAAAUCACGAUGAGCCCCAGUCCUGCUGGUCACCCACUUUCCGGCACGGCCAUUUUGUUUUUUCAGUUAUUUUAGGUAUUUCACCUGCUUCGCCUUCCAUUAACUCCUUUAACAGAAGUCUGACACAGGGCCAAAACUGUGUUACCUUGCUUUAUGUUUUGGACCUUAAUGUUAAGUCAUAUUGGAUCUGUGCUGUGCUGUGCUGUGCUGUGCUUGGUGUACAGUAUUAUUUACAUUGGGAGCUCAUCAGGAGGACCAAAAGCCUGAUUCUGUCGUAGCCAUAGCAUGUCUCCUCUGUCAGGCCUCUUAUGUACCCUUUUACUGCCCCCCCCCCCACCCCAAAAUGCCUGCCAACAAUCAGUGAUCCAUCUGCCCUCAGAAGAGGAAACCAGUGCCAUGAUUUGCAUUGUGACUCCAAAGCAAAAAUUCUUAAUAAGGCUCAUGUUCCAAAUUUCUUAAAAAAAAAAAAAAAAAAAAACUUAAAAAUUAGUUUUAUUUCAGUGAUGGAAUAAACUUUGCCAGGCCUGGUAUUCAAGCAACCAGACAAUUUUAUAUUCACAGUACGCAGUAUAACUGGGUCUCAAAUUAAUUGUAUUAAUAAUAUCUCAAAAAAAAUCACAUUGACAUAGUUCUAUGGAAAGCUUUAUGUUGUAAUAAAGUAAGAUAGAAUAAAGUAACUCCUUCGCAUAAAUCAAUAACCAAUGAACUUCUACGGAUUCACUUUUAAUUUGUGGUACUGUUUGUAAUUGUAAGCAACACAUAAAUGUUUAAAGUUCAUGUUUAAAUAGAUUUCAAACAACAUAAUAAUCAAUACUGCAUGUUGAAUUUAAAUAAAAACCAGCUGAAUUCUGCGUAAGUUAAUGUUCCAGCACUUGUCUGUAGCUUGUUAUACAGUGUGACAAAUGUUUUUGUAAAGAGCCUUUGCUCAAUAUGCCUCCAUUAUGAAAUUUCUAAUAGUUUUAAAGAUAUUUUAAUAUUUUUAGAGAUGUGUACCUUAAAUCAUUGGUUUGUACUGGACAGUUAGUGUAUUACUUUACAAGUUAAUGUAUGGUCAUAUUAAUCCAUAGCACUUGCAUCUGCGACAUGUAAACUCUCUCUGUGCUGUCAUAAAAACACAUUUUGAACAUUA